AAUAAUUCUUACCAAUCGAUUAAUUAAUUCGUCAUUUAAGAAGUGACGAAUAAAUCAUCAAAAUUAUCCAAAACUCGUUUUCUGGUCGUUAAAGUCUUUCGUAAAGAUCGCGUUACGUCAGCAAAAAUUACCACGUACAAUAGCAACUGCCGUUUACCUCUUGGCAUUGAGUCUGGACACGAAAACAAACAAGCCACGUUAUAUUUAAACCGAAGUUCGUGCUUGCUGUGAACAUAAAAUGGAAAAAAGAAACGCGAUUAAUCGAAGAAAAGCUUCGGUAGAGAAGCAUAGAUAUGAUAGGCUUUUUUUGUCCACAGUUAGCAAUUUUACGAUUGAGAACUGUUUUUUUUUUCGUCCCCUGCACCUUUCCACCCUCCGCGAGAAUACUCCCUCCUCGGUUCCUUUGGCCGCGACUAGUCUACACCCCUUCCCCUGGCCCCGCGAGUCGUUUCGUGCCCCAUCGUGAUGCCACCACUCUGAGAACGCAGGAAUGCUGCCGCUAUCCCGACUGGGACGAGUUCAGUGGUUUCGAAGAGUCGAGCAGACGACACUGGCGAAACGCGCCAGUUUCGCUUGCAUAUUCCUCGCGGAAACGGGAAGAGGCACGGGGAAACGCUUACGCGAAUCCCGGCUAAAUCAGCAGGCGAUCCGAGUGCCCUCUAGAUCGGCCAGUAACACGGAGGUUCCUAGCUGCGAAUUGAUCGAACGUAUCCACUUUGGUCUGGCGUUGGGCUCGUUUAAAAACGCGCGGGAUAUUGUCACGGGAACUAUUGCUCCAGCGGGCAUUGUUUGAAGCGAGUCAAAAGGAACGGGUUAGAGAGAGUCCUUGGUCCAGAACAAAGGCGGUAAAAUAAUAAAGGAAGGAAGAUAAGAGGGAACGAGUUUGGAAAGAAAAGAGCAGAGAAAAUUUGUGAAGACUUAAAAGAACGGAGAUCGUCGGCUGAACUAAUCAGGAGUUAGGAUACGAUUAGCAAGAUUGAUAAAAAAUUGCAAAGUGAAGAAACUGCUAGUUGGUGCGUUUACACGCUGGCCAAAAGAGACCUGCCUGAACGUAGAGCAAUGAAAUAGCGAGGGAAAACGAAAAGCGUAAAAACAAAGGAGAACAACCCGGGAGAAAAAACGGAUAAACGCGUGCGAGGCUAAUGUUCAAAAAACUGCUGAACCGGCAGUAAAGCAAAGCACGAAAAAGACGAAGCGGCGAAGAAGAAAGCGAAGCAAAAGACCGACAGCAAAGAAAGAGAGGAGUAGAGAUUAGAAAAAAAACAGAAGGGAAGAGAAACAGAAAAAAAAGAAAGAAAGAAAGAGAAAGAGAAAAUAUUGUGCGAGACGUUUGAAACCUGCACGAUAGCGUACAGGGGUAUAAGGCAACGUGGCGAGCAGGACUGCACUGACAAGAGAGAACGUACAGAAUACAGCAGAGCAGAGCUGAACAGAACCGACGCGACGAGAGAAAAGCAUGGUAUGGACGGAGUGCGAGAACAUGAAGCAGUGGAGCGAGAGCGGACGAGAGACGGCAGCAGCUGAAAAGAAACAAGAGAGAGAACUGGAAGUAUAGGCAGCAGUGAAGAUCAGAGUGAGUAGAGUCGGUGUGGAGAGAGAGAGCCAUUCAUCUUGGCGCGCCUAGGCGGCGCGCUAUUGGUCCACCUCAGAUAAGGGAGCGGCGCGAUUGGUCGGCUCUGUUUACCAGCUGGUACCCCAGCGCGCUCGAGAAUCGCAGAAGAGAGGGGGGAACAGAACGGAGAGACAAGCGGCGCCAUUAUUGUAAGGGGUUACAUUUAGCUGGCCGUGGGUUGUAGUACGCGGCGUUCGGGAUAGGGGGCUAUAGUACCUUCAUGCAUGGCCCAUAAAGGAUUCGUCGACUAUCCGAGAAGUACGCAAGAAACGGCUUCUAACACCUGACAGGGGCCACGCUCUUCUCUUCUCUUCUCUCUCCUCGUGCCGUCGCCUCGUUCGCCGUCGCAGCCCAAUUUCCUCGCUGGGACCGCUGUGUUGGAUCAGCUGGGUGGGCCCGACCAACGAAAGACCCGCUGCUUUAUUGUCGCUGGUCGUCCCGAUGUGGAAGGAAUCGUAAUUACCAUAAAGGAAUCGUAACGUCGGGCCGAAAACCAUACCUGUUCGUCGGAUACUUAUCCCCGGUGUGAUCGACAACACGAUGAUCUGACGUGUCUACCACCGAAGAGAAACCGAAUGAUUUGGAGUCGUUCCGGUGUGUUUACCCGUCUGCCGUCGCGAACUCUUCGGUAACCGCGAUCUUCCGUCUAUAUUAAACGGAGCAUCCAUCCUCGACCGUUCGCGUCGGUUAUCGUUUCUGUGAUAAUGUGUAAAGUUGCGUAAGUGACGAUCAAAGUGGGGGUCAAAGGUAACGGAUAAAGAAGGGAAGGUAGAAAGACAGCCGGAGAAGGAGAGAAGAAGGAGAACGCAAAAGUGAAAGAAAACGGGAAUACUUGAGGACCUAACGAGAAGAGGAAGAAGUUCAAUCAAAUUGAUCGAACAGUAAAUCGAGUGCGUGUAGUUGGGUGCGACGAAAAAAAAAGAUCGCCGUGUAUCAGUCGGGGGAUCGAGGCAUAUAUUUUUGUGAUAAGAGAUAAAGAAAAAACGGUGUGAUUACUGCGGAAACAAAGUGCGCAAACGAUGAAGCAGCAGCUGCUGGCCGAUUCGCCGGCACGGUGUCGGUGUUGAGACACUGGACCCGGGUCUCCGUGUCCGGGCGUGUCUUCGGCAUCGAGUCCGAAAUCGGCACCGGCGGCAGUCGAUAUGAGUUCGAAAUUCAUAAUCGAUAGUAUGCUACCUAAGUACCACCAACAGUUUCAUCAUCAACAGUUGUUCUCGAGCGCGAAUCCCGGCACGAUUCAGGCGUGCACGACAAGUCCGGCUACCGCCAGUCUAGAGUCCAGUUUAUCCGCGGCUGCAGUCGCGGCCGCGGCAGUGAAUUACGCGCAACAGCACAAUUCGCCAAGCCCGACGGGUUCGAGUCCGCAACAUUCAGGAAGUUCGGCAUCCACCUCACCGGCGGCACGCACCACAUCGAGCAUGUAUCCUUACGUAUCCGCGGCAGCGGCGCAUCAUCAUCAUCAGCAACAGCAAGCGGUCGCGGCCGCAGCCUUUGGUGCCACGUCUAGCAUGGUGCCAGGCUUCGGUUCGACCGCGGCUUCGAGUGCCGCGUUGGCCGCGGCCGCGGCUGUAGACGCCGCAACCGCAGGCGACAAAUCUUGUCGUUAUACCGCCAGUCUCACUGGAAAUGUUGCACCCACGUCCGCGGACCCUAUGGUCAAUUACACUCUUGGUCAUCAUCAUCAGAACGGCGCUACACCUGGUAGCUUGGUCUCCUCCGCGUCCGCCUCGUCAGCCGUAUCGGCUGCGUCCGCGUCCAUGGCCGCCGCAGCACAGUUCUAUCAUCAGGCUGCUGCAGCAUCGGCCGUUGUUGAUCCUUUGACGUCCUGCCAACAACCCACCACCGGGCAACCCGGCAUUUCGGACAUACCACGAUAUCCAUGGAUGUCUAUUACCGAUUGGAUGAGCCCGUUCGACAGAGUCGUGUGCGGCAAAUCUGCGUUUCUGACGUUUCCAGGACCGAACGGCUGUCCAAGGCGUAGGGGUCGACAAACGUACACCCGGUUCCAGACGCUGGAGCUGGAGAAGGAGUUCCACUUCAACCAUUACCUGACGCGACGGCGACGAAUAGAGAUCGCCCACGCCCUUUGUUUAACGGAACGACAGAUCAAGAUCUGGUUCCAGAAUCGACGGAUGAAGUUGAAGAAGGAAUUGAGGGCGGUGAAGGAGAUCAACGAACAGGCCAGGCGAGAACGGGAGGAACAGGACAUGAUGAAGAAACAGCAAGCGGAGAAACAAGCGAAGAUGCAACAAGAACAACAGAACGCAGCGUUGCAGCAUCAGCAGCAACAUCAUGUGAGCGGUUUGGACAAGACUCAGAGUGAUCUCCUGAAAGCGGUCAGUAAGGUGCCCACAUAGGAGAAUCCACCCGAUCGGUUGUCUUUCUUUUGAAUAAGAAACAGAGAGACUGGAAUGGCAACCAAGACACGCAGACAUCGAACCGAGGUAGAUUGCUAAAGGUCGACCUUAAAGAAAAAGGAAAUACAGAGCGCACGCUCCUCCUUCCCUCUUCUCGAGCGUAAUGGACGAAGAUCCACGGGGACGUUUGGAGUGCUGGUCUUCCUACGUUUCGAGAAAGGAUGGGUGUUCGCGUUGAAGACCUUGUGAUCGUUCUUCUUCUUCCUUUUUAUCCCUAUCGAGAUCGUAGAAGAAGAGAACUCCUUUCGACGCAACGUCGAAGCAAAGGAGAAAAAUAGGCUAGCGACGAUGUUCGUUGUCGUGUCUGUCUCUGUUGCUUCUUUGUUUAUUUUUCUUUUUUUUUAUACGGAAGAAAGGAACGAAAGGGAAAAUGGAAGAUAAAACACACCCGCACAUACACGUAAACAUACAAGUAGAGGUUUUUAGAAAGCGUGUAAGAAGCACACCCUCAAACUACGUACUUAUUUUGGCUGGGCCAAAGGAUGGACCUAGCCUGUGACUGAUUCCUAGAACGUAUAAAUGUAUAUUGUUAAUCGGCCGAUGAAACAGUGGGACGACGAGUUGGCGCGAUGAAACUGCCAUACGCAAGAUGAAAGCCAAUGAUGAUCGCGCGCGUCGGGAUACCGACUCACUAGAAUUAGUUAAUAAAACGAGCACAGAGAAGACGAGGUGAUUAAAGGGUCGGGUGUCAGGCCUUUUGUCAUAGGAUAGAGCUAACGACACUGGCGACGAGACGAUCAAUUAAUACCCGACGGAGAAGAGAACGCGGUGGAGUAAUUAAGCGAUGGUUGGAGAAGAAUUCGACUUAAUUGCGUUGGAACGAUCGAGGAGGGAUAAAUGUGGCCACCAGCAGGGGAAACUGGGACGAUCGCGGGGAUGAUCUUUCAAAUUUCGCUGCCAUUACCCAAAUCGAUUCCAUCACCGUCGUUAAUAGUGAUGGGUAUAUUUGAUCUUAGAAAUUUUUAUGCAAUAUCAUUGUUGAGUUUUAUAUCAUUUUAAAAUUCAAAACUCAGUAUUCGAAGAGAAAGAAAUUUUUGAAGGUUUGGAAACUUCAUUUAGAUAAUGUUGGAUUGUUACGUUAUUUGAUAAUUAUUCAAAAUAUUAUUUUAUACUUGUUUGGGCACUGAUAUAAUCAGUACCUAAAAAUUCAUCAUUCCAAUUAGCAAUUCAAAGUGGAUAAUAUCCCAUCACUAAUCACCAUCCUACCAGCUUGAAAUCCUAUCAGGAAUUAUUAUCUCAAAAAAAAACAGUUCAAUCAGAUCUGACAAAGCAUAAGAAUCAUCAAGUUCAAGGUUCAAUUGCUGUUCCGUAGAACAAAUUGACAACGCGAAGUAAUUAGUCUCGCGUGACCGGCUGUAAGGAUCUCUGUACGCUCUUAUUGAAACAACGAACGAUUGCAGACUCCUUCGAAUACCUUGGAUACCUUCUUCCAAUCAUACAAGUAAAGCUACGUGUAUGCAUAAGUACGUCCAGGCUGAUUCGUGCCGAUUUCUUUAACUCGAAAGGAAUUUAGCGGUACAAACCUAUGCCAUUUACCGAGCUGCUUUUCCCAAGUUAAUUAACCGCGGUUCACAUGCUUCGCGUUGCAAUUAGUCGAUAAUAUUUUUCAACGUUUUGACGUACGCUUUGAGAUUUUCUUCGUUGAUACUAAAAAAUCAUCUGUCCGUUCUAAUCGAGCCCAUUACGGAAAUUAUUUUCUUUCAUUUGUUUCACUGACCUGGAUCGGCCAUGUUCGCUCGCGAAACGUUUGAAAAUCGACGGUGAAACAGCUGGCUGCUUCGAUUGGCAUCAUCGAAACCAAGGAAAUUCCUUCUUUUAAAACGAAGUACUCGUUCAGCGGAACGUUGAAGGUUUAUUUUUUUACAAAUCAUCUUGGUAACGGUUGAUAGACCAUGAAGAGUAACCAACGAAUCGUCGAUCAUCUUGCUGGAAAAGAUUGGUCGGAAGAGAUUCUUAAGGGGAUAUUUUCAUCUGGAUGAAAGUUAUAAAAAUUCCUUGCUUGAUUAAUCUUUAAUUCGAAAAGUCUCCUAGAUACCCUUCAGAAAGGAAGCUUCUUCUCCGUGUAUUUUUUGGAUGUCUCAAUGGUUUCAACCAUUUUGAACGCGAAAUAAAAGCAGGUAGAAAAAAGAAUAUUAUUACACAGUGAUUUGUGUAAAUGUGAUGAAAAAUUCAAAUGCAGGGGUGGUCGGUUCGGGAAUGCUGACUCGUCGACGAGCGUCUUACAUUCAUUUAUCAGUUCAGUUUAGAUCUCAGAGGAUAUCGCUAAGGCUUUUACUAAUACAGGAUAAACACGUAUAUAAAAACCAGUACGUAUUCCAUAUUAUCUAAGAUAAUUUAUCGUAACAUUGUAGAAAAUGUUUUUUUCUAGAUGUAUAGGGUGUUCCAGAUGUGUACCACAUGUUAGGAAACACCUUGUACGUUUGUUUCCCUCCAAUUUUUUGUUUCUUUCUCCUCGGAAUAACGUUAUUCAUCCCGUUAAUUUUACGUAGUGUUAACCGCGAUCGUAUCGACGAGUUCGCGUCGAAUCGUAUUCGAUACUCUCUUCCUCUAUUUUCUUUUUAUUUCUUCUCGAUCAUUUUCCUUUUGCCACGCUUUCGCCACGGGACAGAGCAACGUCUCCGCGAACGACGAGAAGGGAAAAAAGGGGGCGAAAACGUGACCGUCAAGCAAAGACACAUCACCGGACGAGUAAUCCUCACUCUUAGUACACAUUAAAUACGUAAUUUGGUGUCAGGGUAGACCUUUUUCCAUAGAUAUAUUAGAGGCAGUCGUUGAUAAUUACUUGCGUAGAAUUCGUAAUGAAAACAAGGACGUAGAAUGGGAAAACCAUGAAAUGAAAGAGACCCAGAUAACUCUUUGGAUCAUAGAAAUUAUCGCCUGGAUUAUAUUUUUUUUCUUCUCCCCCCCAGUGUUCACGCGAUUCGUACAAAGAAUUCCAAUACUUUCGAGAGAAACCUCGAUUCCAAAUGUUGACCGGUGUCUUUUUUUAUAAUUAUCGUUUAUAAAUAUAUAUUCGACGUGUUGGUGUUUUCGGUCUUCCAUAAGUUCUUGUUCAUGGAGAACGAUCGAUCAAACAAUGUUCCUGUUGAGUAUUUCUAUAUUUUUUCUUCCUCUGUUUUUCGUUACUCGUGGUUUUCUGUUUUUUCUUUUUUUUUUGUAGCGUGAAUAAUAGUUAAGUUUCGACGAGGAUUUAUAAUUUUAAAGGGCGUGUAAGGGAGAAAGGAUUGCAAAAACGUAUAUACGUAACUCGAACCAAGAGAGAGCAAAUAUAUAUAUAUAUAUACAUAUAAUGUAUUCAUCACGAAAGGGGGGAAAUCUAUUGUACGAAUCGUCCAGUGAUCUAUCUAUUUACGAUGUAAAAUCAUAGUGUACACAAUAAUACCGUAUUAUAUGUAUUAUUAAAAGUAACGAGUAUAUUAUAGAUAUAUAUGUCAAAUAUAUAUGUAUAUGAGAACAAACGAGGAAGAAAAUCUGUUUUACCGUGCUCUAAAGACAAAAAAAAAGAAAAAAAGAUUUUGAUAGUAGCUUGAUAAGAACUAAAAAUACGUACUGAUACAAAGAAAACGAGACACAAUUAAUAGAAAAUUAGAGAAAAAAAGAAUCGAUGAAAAUCCCCACAAAAAAAGAAGAUAAGUACAUAAGACAUUUUGUUAAAUAUUGAAGGAAAUGAAAAAAUUUGUAGACCCUGUUAGAGAAGAAAGAAACAAAUAGACGUCCGUAAUCAAGGCGAGAUAGCUUUCGUUUUAGAAGAAAAAGAAUCUAAACAUGAGAAAAAAGGAUUAAACCGUAUUUGUAUUAAAUACUGUACCGCUAAUCAUCUAAACUAAAGUACUAUUAUUACUAUAAUUAUCCCCAUACGUAAACGAUUAAGCAUGAGAAUCUACGCACGAGAUGUACUCACGUAAAUAUCCUCCCAAUACACAGACACCCUCUUCCCUACUAUUUACCCUUCCUUCACCCUUUUCUAUCCCAAGUAGCAAAUGUACCUACAUGCCGUUAUCGUGACGAAUAAUUUAACGUAAAGUGGUCAGUGACCUGGGUAUGUACAAGCACCUAUAACGAAUCAUCAUUUUCUUUUGCUAAGACACCUUCAUAGUUUUUCAGUGUACAGUCGCAUGCAAAGAUAACUUUUUACCUCCCACCACUUGACUAACUCAUACGACCCAGUAGUGGGAGGCAAUUGUAAAGAAGACAAAUAUACACUUUAACAUUUUCAUUUACAUUUACGUUAUAGGUGAUUGUACGUGCUCUAAGGUACAAGAAAGUGAUACGGUUUGAGCAGCGAUAUUUUGAAGGAACAGGAUACUCGGAAGAAUAUAUAGUUGCUAGCGAUGGGAGUCCUAAUUAAUAUUGACAUUUUAUGAAGGUAUGUUUCCAUAUGCCCCUAUAAGUCAUGAAUUUUGUUCUAAUCACCCAUAUACAGAAUGAUCCAAGUAAAAUAGAUCAUAAGUGCCAUUUUGUGUCUAUUUGAUUUAAGUUCACCCACAGUUUGGGAAGAUUCAUAAUUAAGUAGCCUGUUUUACAUGGCUUAUUCUACAUAUCAAUAAUCAUGACAGAGUUGGCACGUGAAAAUAUAUGUUGAAGAAUAGAAUUCAUAGAUCGUUCUUGUUUGUUUGCUUGUUAAAUUUUUAAUUUCUUUGUUACAUUAUCGCUACUAACGAUCUUUAUGUUUGCCUUUGGUGGCUAAUUCAAAUAUAUCGUACUUGUUUCCAUGUGAUACAUCUCAAUUAAGUUUCAUUUUGUUUAAAACACAUCAGUUAAGACGACUUCCAACGAAGCAAUUAUGUCUUCUUCGGAGAAUUGCGCGGGAAAUCCAUCCGCGUAGAUGGCGCUGAAGUAGAAAUGACGCGGUCACAAAAAAUGUAUAAUUAAAGUUGAUACACGGUUGUAUAAUCGAUAAAAUAUUCCGAUCCAGCCACGUGAGAUCUCGGUUACGGAAUUUAACGAUGAUUGGGAGAUAAACUUUUCGUGGUUCCGGUUCGAGGAUGCUUCCGUUGUUCUGUCGACGCUGCGAACGAAAGGAAAGAUCGCUGAAUCUUCUUCGGCUCAAUGUAUACGUAAAAAUAAACGAAAAGAAAAGGGGAACGAAGAGAUUUAACGGGAACGGGAGAGAGAAAGAGAAAAAAAUCCUUUUUUUCUUUUAACACACGUGACGCGAUCGAAUCCCGAGAAUCGGUAUAACUAUAUUUGUAGAAAAGCUUUACACGUGACUCUAUUUACGAAUUAUUAUUCUGAUUGUUACUAUCAUCAUCAUGAUCAUCGUGGACAUUAUUUUUCUUACUUUUAUCCUAUAACCUAGUGGUUAAUUUUUCAACCAAGUUAACCCUUUGCCUUACAAAACUAAGUAAUUAUUUUUUCAAAUUGCAGUUAGAAUUAAUAUAAGCACUUAAUACAAAUUUAAUUUAAUUUUUCCAAACUAAUUGCAAUAAAAACCACAAGUUCGAUUGGAUAUCAUAAGGCAAAGGGUUGAUAGUUUUUCUGCGUACGAUGGUCUAUUCAUGACCCAAGAAGUGACGCGGCCAGUCUAGGUAAAGGACUGGCGGAAGUGGCGGCGCCGAUACGUCCGACAAAUUAGGGAUAUACGUAAUGCGUAAUAAUAACAAUAAUAAUAAUUAUCAUUAUUAAUUAGCCGAAGAGUUUGUACAGUAAUUGCAACGGUGAGAUUCGUAGCGGCCGUGUUAUAUAUACGUACGUAUGCAUUAAGGUCUUUUUAAUCGUUUAGCGACUGCGGUUAUGAAAUAGAAAAAAAGAAGUAGCUGAGUGUGACACGAAUUUUCACGCGAGAUUUUUUCUCUUAUUCGAGAAAACUACGGUAUGUUGACGCAACGAACGAACGAUUUGGGAAUCGAGACAUUCUCUUUCUUUUGCUUCUUUCCUCGAUCGAUUUCGCACCAUGUUUCAAUUUAGUUCACGUUUCCUUUUGAGGCGUUUAUUGUUCUCUUUUGAUCGUUGUUUCUCCUGUUUUUGUUGACGAACAGUCGGUACGAAGAUCGUUUAUUACAUGUUAACAAUUGUUUCUGUUACUUUGUCGGUCGUUUCGAGAUAAUUUGGAUCAUUUUUUUUUUGUUCAACCCUUGAACGGCAGAUCACUGGAAUAGUAAAUUUAAUUUCACACUCAAUUCAUUUUUAUUUUCUGUACUUUAAAUUAUUUUUCUAAUACAUGAACGUCUUUUGUUCAAAAGUUCGACGAAAAAUUCUUGUACAAAUUUCGUGGGUCACGAUUGACCAGGUAUUGGCCGUUCAACGGUUGACCACAGGGUUGCCCUAAAGAUCAUGGACGAUCCUAAUUUAACACUUUAUCAACUGUAGUCGUUUUGACUGAAAAUUGUUAUUUAUUAAAUUUUGCCAAUCUGGUACUAAAUAAAUUUUAUUAAAUAUUGGAACUCAAAUUAUAAUACAUUUAUAACAAGCGUACUGAUCUUCAGUCGAUAGGGUGUUAAGUACACUUAAAAAAUCUCCACGUUUCUCUGUUAUUCUCUGUUUGUUACAAAAAUGAGCUGUUGAUUUACCACGGUGCUCGAUCAUGUUCCCAAACCAUUCGAUCCGAUUGAAGUUGAUCGCGUGAAACGAGAAUCUUUAGAGAGUCAAAAAAGAAAACUGUGCGGGCGCCGUCCACAAUACGAAGCUUUCCUCUCUCGGCUUAAGCUACCUAUAUGGCAUCUAAACAUCGUUAUAUAGAAUAUUAUUCCAAAUAACUGACGCGUAAUCAUAUCAUAUAAACGUUCGUAAACGCUUCCUCGUGCUCUCUUCGCACCUUUUUACCAACCCUCGACAAAAAGAAAUCCACCAUCCCCCUCCAUCCCUUAUCCUUCCAUCAUGUUCCGUCUCCCUACUCUAGAAAUCCAAUCGAUUUAACUCGCUCUAUUCUUACCAUUAUUAUUAUAGAUGUAUUAUAUUGAACUUUAAACUAUAUCGAACUAGGUCUCUAUACAUACGCAUAUACAUACAUACAUACAUAUUAUAUAUAACGUAUAGUUUAUUAUAUCGAGAAGAAGAAAACACGAGAAAAAAAAAAAGAAGGAAACACAACAAGAUUAACGAAGAAAGAACGCGAGGCGACAACAAGCAUCGCUGAGUAGUACAACUUUAUUGCCUGACUUGCCAAACUCGCGUAAUAAAACAAAAAACAAACCACGAUGGUGGGUUUUACAUCGUCGUUUCUGAAUCGAAUCGAUGAUAGAAAAAAAAAAUCGAGAGUGUUAACGCGAUUAGUCUUGAGGGAGAAUAAAGAGUCGUUGAAAAGGGGAUGAAACUUAGCGCCCUCGAGCGCAACACACUUCUCUUUAUCCGAAUUAAGGAAAUUACAAUUACGUAAAAAAAAAACACACAUGAAGACACUUGUAGAGUGUGACUCAGAGCGUUUUUGGUGUGAGUGAGAUAAAAUGAUAUGAAUGAUAAUUCGAGAAAACGAGUGCGAGUGAUACGAGAAAGAAUAAAAGAGGAUAUUUGCGUGAAUCGCGCCGUACUACGUACAUGUACGAAAAUUUAACCGAGAAUACUAAAAAAGGGUAGAAUUUAUUCUUGAAUAAGUACGUACUGAUUGGUGAAACGAGAAAAAAAAACACCAGCCGAAUCCGUCUGGCGGAACGCAGGAUCGAGUUGCGAAAAAAGAAAAAAAAUCACGAUGAAACAAUUUGUUAUAUUUUCUUUUUUCUUUUUUUUUUAAACCUGUAUAUCUGAUUGUUUAUUUAUGAACUGUUUAUUAUGCGUACUCUUUCGUAUAUUUGUUUUUUGUUAAAUGCGAAAUGAAAGAGAGAGAGAGAGAGAGAUAUAGGUACUGAAGAGUUCAUUGUCUUCUUUUUGUUUUUGCUAUUAAAAUCAAGCGUGCUGUUUAUGUACCACAUAGAGAGUAUAUUUUUGAGAAAUCGGUGUUUUCGUUCUGUACCACGUAACCAAAGGACGAUUUUAACCAUCAUCUGUCUUUCGUGCCAUAGAAACGCGUGAUCGUGGUAUGAAACGUGAAAACGAUCGUUAGUGAUUUUCGCUUCAUGUUUUAAUUUAUAACCGGGCUAUAUCUUCAAAACCGACUAUACAUCGCGUGUAGUUUGGACUUCCAUUAAUGCACUAUACCCAUUUGAUAUAUCACAAAAUUAUUGAUACCAAUUUAAUACUUUUUUCUCCAAAUUAUUUUUAUUUAUAUUUAUAAUUGUUGCAGUCACUAACGAUUGUUUCUCAAAGGAAAAAAAGAAAAGCUCAGCAAAAACUGCGUCUGAUUGUAAUAUAUAUUAUUUCUAUGUACGUAUUCUUUUUUUUUAUUGUGUUCGUUAGAGAAUACACUUAGGAUCGGAAUUAGAUGUAAGCUCUCUCAGAAUCAACGAUCACAAAAUGAGAUAAGGUUUUUUUUUUUUAAUUUUGCUUACAACUGAUUCCGUAAAAAGACGGUAGGCUGAUCAUGUGUCGGUGGUCUACACUCUUAAGUGUUGUUUCUUCUAUUGGCAGCUGUCCCAUUUUUUCGCGUGUUGAAUACUAUUACGUUUACGAGUCUUUUUUUUUAUUUUCUACGUUAGUAAGAACAGCGUUAAUUUUUCUCAGCGGGUCGAUGACGUCUCGAGAAUUCCACGUUCAAUCAGAAAGGUUGAUGGCUUUCACCACCCAUCGUCCCUUUUUUCCACCCAGUGAAACGAUCGUGCGAUUCUCGAAACGCUGUUUUGUUAAGUUCUCAUCCUCAUCGGUUAUAUUGUUCUUGCGUCGAUUUCGCGGUUACUUAAAUACAAUUAUGUUUAUCGUUUUCGACGAUUAUUAACGCGAGUCGUGGUUAUUAUUCUAUUAGGAGAUAAGGUGUGAAAAUGAAAAUUGAAGUGGAAAAUGAUGGAGCCACGUAGCCGGGUUUUGUGCACAUGUCGCGUAUUCAUUUUUUGCUCUCGAGUCGCAAAGACGAUUUGAGGUCAUUUCGUGUCGAUGAAUUUCUCUUGACCCUUUGAACUCCUGUGUCGAGUCUGCCUCGACGUCAAUUUUCUUCACAGGGUGGUAUUCUACAGGGCGUAUCAAAAGUUUGGACACACCUUAUUUUUUAACGAACUUUUCAUAAAAAGUAGGUUGAACCUGAACUUCUGGAAUGUGCUGUAUGACUGAUGAAUGUUUGUUUAAAAAAUAUUACAAUCCAAGGGAGUUCUUGAAGAGUGCAAAGGGUUAAUGGAGAUUGUUCGACGUAUCGACGUACUGUGAUCGUUAUUUGUUUAUCUCUGCGCAGAAACGAAAAUCAUAUUUGUUCCUCGUUUUUUUUCUUAAACACUCGAGUUUCUUUUCACGGGCAUCUGUUGUUGGUCCAACUCGUGAACCAUUCGUCGGAAGAACCGUACGCGCACACAGACAUAUACAGACAGAAACACACAGCUACAUGUAUGUACGUGUUCAGUUGCGUGAACGUACGAAAGGAAAAUAUCAGAACCGAGAGAAAUUUAGGUCUUAAUUAUUAUUGUCUUUGCUGUACCUACGUUUUAAAAUGAAUGGAAAGCCGAUGUAUUACUACUCCAGAGUUUCUUCGAUGUAAAUAUUAACACUACGUAACGUUAACGUUGCUCAGUGAACGAGGAGCCGCGGUGAGUCGAUCCAUCGAAACGCGAUUCAAAUCGAUCGAGAAGUAUGUAAUAAUGAUCUGUUGUGUCGUUGUUUGCGAGCCGCGGAUCCUCGUGUGCCGCUGGAUGAUACCUAAUUAAAUGUAAUGCUAGAACGAUAAGAGAGCGUAGCUGUCCUUCAAUACCUUUACCUACCCACGUUAAGAAUAAUAAAUAAAAAAAAUAAUAAUAAAAGUAACGGAAUAAUGGAGUCUCAUGUCUUUGCUCGACUAUUUCAAGAAAAUUAGUAUUAUUAUUACCGUGCGAUAAAAAAAAAAGGGUGACGACGACGAGGUUGGCGAUUGACGAUUGACGAUAUGACGAUGACAGGCGAAUUGAAAAAAAAAGGUAAUCCAUUGACAAUGAAUGUAAAUGUAUCCAUUUUCGAAACUUGAUGUAGAAUUAUACUCAUAAGCUAUAUCUAUGAUAUACAAACGAAAUAAAAGCGUAUAGUAAAUUA